CGAACGGAGCAGUCAGCAGACAUUAUGGACUCCCCCUCAGCUGGCACUUGCAGAAAAUUUGUCCUCUGGCACAGGCUACUGCUGACCGUUUCACUUGUAACCUUCUGGAGCCUGCCCACCUCUGCUCAACUCGCUAUUGUGUCAACCACUGCUGCCGAAGGCGCAGAUGUGCUUCUGCGCAUGCGCAACAAGCCUCCGAAUGCGAAUAUCAUCAUUUGGUACAAAGGACGAGGGGCGAACCCGAAUCGUUAUAUCGCAGCUAUUGUAACGUACAAAAAAGAACUGGGAAAGGGGCCUGAAUUUAGCGGUCGAGAAAUAAUAGACAAGGAAGGAUCCAUGCUGAUUAAGAAGGUCACCUUAAAGCAUGCAGGAUACUACACUGUCGUGGUGCAUCUUCAAAAUCGUAUAAAAGAAAUAGGAUUUGGUCGCCUCCGUGUGUUUGAGCCUGUGAUAAUGGCCAUCCUUGUAGCCAGCAACACCACAGUCACUGAGAAUAAGGAUGCCGUGGUCUUGACCUGCUACACAAAAGGAAUCUCCAUACAGUGGUUCUUCAAUGGCAUGAAUCUGCCACUUACAGAGAGGAUGAAGCUGUCCUGGCAAAGCAGAACCCUUACCAUAAACCCUGUCAGAAGAGAAGAUGCUGGAAAUUAUCAGUGUGAGGCCUCAAACCCUAUCACUUUUGCUUAUAGUGUGCCCCUCCAGCUGAAUGUAAAAUAUGAGUAA